GGCUAAGAAAAAGGGGGAUAAGAUUGAAUUUAAUUUUGAAUUGUGGGAGGUUAUUAUCCCAUAAAUAGAGAUGACAGCAGCUGAAGAGGUGUGGAGAAAAACAGAAAAAAAUAUACAGCAGCAUAGGAAAGGCGUGAUUCAAGCAAGCAGAAUUUUCUAAAAUUGGACUAGCAAAUCCGAUCAAGGAGCUAGAGUAGCAGCUAGUAAAUUCGGCUAAUUUGGAGAAGGGAAAUCGGACGUCUUGAAGAACUUUGCCUUCCAAGAAUCAGUUUGUAGAUUAGUCCAUUUAGUAUAUGUUAUUAAGGAGCGGACGAUGAACAUCGAAGUUCCCUGUUAACAUUACCGAUCAACAAGCCAAAUCUCACAAUCUCCACGAGCCUAACGAUUUAGAGGACAUCGACAUGGCCAACCAGACCUUGAAGCAAUUGGCCGCACCUAACUUGGCUGCGCAACCACCAUCUAUCACUUAUCCUGCCCUUGAUAGGCCAUUAAAGCUUAAUUCAGGAUUCCUGAACUUGUUGCUGAAAUUCAAUGGACUACCAGGUGAGGACCCUUACCGUCAUGUUAAUGAAUUUAUAAUAACUUGUUCGACUAUGCAGCCAGAUGGCAUUGAAGAGGAACAAAUCAAGCUCCGAGCUUUUCCUUUCUCGUUACAAGGUUUGGCGAAGGACUGGUUAUAUUAUAUGCCGCCAGGUUCAUUUACGACGUGGACAGGUUUGCACAAAGCUUUUCUUGAGAAGUUCUUUCCGGCAUCAAGAAUAGGGUCAAUCAGGAAGGAAAUUUGUGGAAUUAAGCAACUGGUAGGUGAGUCAUUAUAUGAGUACUGGGAAAGGUUUAAACGACUAUGUGCGAGUUGUCCACAGGAUCAGAUUAGUGAGCAGCUCUUAGUGCAAUAUUUUUAUGAAGGGUUGACACCACAAGAUCGAGGGAUGAUUGAUGCAGCGAGUGGAGGUGCAUUGGUUGAUAAAACUCCGGAGCAAGCCCGAAAUUUGAUUGCUAAUAUGGUGCAGAAUACACAGCAAUUCGGUCUCAGGAGGUCCGACUUGGGUAAACGAAUGGAGGAGGGUCAGUCGAGUAUGAUGGAGGCUCAGUUAGCUAACUUAACGGCUAUGGUAAGUAAAUUGAUGACUGGAGGUAAUGCGAAAGCCUCACUAUGUGGCAUUUGUUGUUUGGAAGGACAUACCACAGAUAUGUGUCCGACAUUACAGGAAGGGGAAGCUAACGCCAUCUUUCCAAAUCAGAGAAGGUAUGAUCCAUAUUCAGCUACCUAUAAUGAGGGAUGGAGAGAUCACCCCAAUCUCAGAUACCAAAACCGUGCCACACCUCCGGGAUUUGAGCAGCAAAAUUCCCGACCAUAUAAUUUGUAUUUACAUUUUAAUCCUAGUUUAAUGCUAAUAAAUUUUUUUUAAUUUCCUGUUAAAAAUCACUCCUUUAAUUUUCUUGUUUA